AUGGUUUCACGAAUCGUGGAAAACCAAUUCAGUAUCGUAUAUCUAGCAUUUGGUCAGGUAAACUUCCACCUGAGUACAAAUGUUAUCAACAUGUUCCAAAAUGCUCUACAAUUCUUUGGAAAAGCUACGGAGAAUCCCAACACUCAUAUAUCAAGAUUUCUGGACAUGUGUCCAAUUAUCGAGUAUUCAGGAAUGUUAAACGAAGCGAUCAGACUGAGGCUAUUCCCAUACACAUUGAGAGACUCAGCAAGGGAGUUGGCUAACGUAGAUUCUACCUAUGAUGGUUUUAUCAUGAGAAGAACAAUAGAUCAAGUCUACCAAAUCAUGGAUGAUUUAGCAUUCACUAGUACACUUUGGCCUAUUGAAAGGGCGAGUGGAAAGAAAAUUGUUGGGAUGUUUGAGGUUGAUUUAUUGGCGGCUAUAAUUUCAACAUAG